CCAGAGCAAAUGAUGGAAGUUACAUUGGAGGACCACAAGGAUGGGAAUUCGGUUAAAUUGUACAUUGUGGGCAUAUCAUAUUGAUUUGGUGAUCGAUGAUUUCAACGAAGCGGAAUCAUAAUCUCCCAUUCUGGUGAUGCAAAUGCGCACAUUCCAGCAAACGCAGUGAGAUGCUGGCGUUGAAGAGAUUCUGCCGAUCGGUAGCGGGUAUGGAUCCUGACCCGUCCGAGUACGACGGGGUCGAGUUCUGGUCCAACCCGGAGCGAGCAGGGUGGCUCACCAAGCAGGGCCAGCACAUCAAGACCUGGCGCCGCCGUUGGUUUGUUCUCAAGCAGGGGAAGCUUCUCUGGUUCGAAGACGACCUCUCCGCCUCCAGGCGGGACGCCGUCCCCCGCGGCGUGGUCCCCGUGGCCAAGUGCCUCACCAUCAAAGGCGCCGAAGACGUCCUCCAGAAGCCCCUGGCUUUCGAGCUCUCCAUCGGAAACGAUGAUCCUAUAUAUCUCAUCGCCGAUUCCGAGAAGGAGAAGGAGGAAUGGAUCAAUUUCAUCGGGCGCUCCCUCGUUCAGCACUCCAGAUCUGUCACGGAUUCCGAGGUCGUCGAUUACGACAGCCGGCAAUAGGUUAUUUUAACAAGAUAAUCUGUGCCUAAUGGACGAAUGUGCAAAACGCAUGAGGUGUCGCUCCUUGGUGUGCCAUGCUGACCCUUUGUGAGGUGGCCGUUGUUUGAGAAGUACGUCAAUCUGUUCGUGCUAGCUUUCUUCAUUGUUUUGCUGUCAUCGUAUCAAAUCUGAUGUGAAGGCUGGUGUAAGAAUGUGUUUUGAUUAUCUAGAAUAGGUCUAGUAGUUCAACUAAUGAAACAAUUGUGCUGUUGUGAAAAUGUAUGUUCAACUAAUGAAACAAUUGUGCUGUUGUGAAAAUGUAUGUUGUGCCUAUUUCCACCUUAAACUGAGAGGCCUUCACAGCUUGAAUGGAUCUAAUAGAAAACAGAUAUUUUU